AUGAAGUAUUUUGACAUAACAUUGCUUGUAGCUCUUGCAGCUCUUAAUAAUGCUGCACCCUCGCAAAAGUUUAAUGAUACAAUGAAUUCUGAUAAAGAUUAUUUAAUCUUUGGAACCUCUGAUCAAUAUUCAAUAAGUCCUCCAUUUUAUCCAUCUCCAUUAGGAGGUAGAAUUGAAAAUGUUUGGCAAGACGCAUAUAAUGAAGCGAAGGCUAUUGUUGAAACACUUGAUGUUGCUGAAAAAGUGAAUAUUACUACUGGUAUCGGUAUGUCUUGGAGCCGUUGUGGUGGAACCACUGGUUCUCUCAAAGGAGAUGGUCUUGAAUUUGCUGAAGGACUCUGCGGAAAUGAUGGUCCAUUAGGUGUGAGAGGUGCCGAUUUUGACACUGCUUACCCAGCUGCUUUAACUGUUGCGUCAUCAUUCAAUAAACAGCUAAUUUAUGAUCGAGCUGAUGCAAUUGGCUACGAAUUCAAAUCAAAAGGUGUUGAUUUUUUCUUGGGACCUGUUAGUGGCCCAAUUGGGUAUAAAGCCCUUGCUGGUAGAGGUUGGGAAGGCUUCGGAGCUGAUCCAUAUUUACAAGGUGAAGCAAUGAAAUAUACUGUCGAGGGAAUUCAAAAAAAUAAUGUCGUUGCGGUUAGUAAGCAUUUUAUUGGAAACGAGCAAGAUACUUAUCGUUUUGAAUUGGAAUUGAAAGAAGAUGGGUCUAAUACUACAGCCGCUAUUUCGUCUAACAUUGAUGACAGAAGCAUGCAUGAAAUCUACCUUUGGCCGUUCGCCGAAGCAGUAAAAGCAGGCACUGGUUCCAUUAUGUGUUCAUAUAACAGAAUUAAUGGUUCUGCCGGCUGCGCAAACUCUUAUACCUUGAACAAUUUAUUAAAAACAGAGUUAGGCUUUCAAGGUUUCGUUAUGAGUGAUUGGUAUGCUACAAAAAGUGGUGUUUCAUCUGCUUUGUCAGGGUUAGAUAUGAAUAUGCCUGGAGAUAACACCAUAGGUGAAGGCUCAUACUUUGGUGGUAACCUUACUCAAGCUAUUUUAAAUGGAACAAUUCCUGAAGAUAGAUUAAAUGAUAUGGCCACAAGAAUAUUGGCUUCAUAUUUCGCUGUUGGCUCCAACCACACCGGCCCAAAUUUCCAUGUUAACAGUAAAAAGACCUAUGAUUAUGAGCAUAUCAAUUCAAAAACUGGAGAAGGCUAUGGAAAUAUAAUAAUGGUUAAUGAGCAUGUGGAUCCAAGAAAUGAAUUCACUGAUAAAGUAGCUUUUCAAAGUGCAGUAGAAGGUAUUGUUUUACUUAAGAAUGAAGAUAAUGCUCUACCAUUAAAAAAUUAUACAAAACUUGCAAUUUUAGGUGAGGCAGGGGGAGUUUCACCUAGUGGAUUUAAUUGCUAUUUUGGUAGUUGUAUAGGGGGUGCACCACCAUCAGGUUAUGGUUCUGGUGCUGGUUCACCAUCAAAAUUUAUUUCACCAGCCGAAGCUCUUGGAGCGAGAUGUAGAAAUGAGAAUAUUCAAUAUGAUUUCGUAAGUUCAAGUUGGGAUUUAAGUGAUUCAAUGGAUAGAGCAGAGCUGGCUGAAGCAUCAAUAAUUUUUGUCGCCUCUAUUGCUGGUGAAGCAGUUGUUAUUGUUGACGGUAAUAAUGGUGAUAGAAAUAAUGCAUCAUUAUGGUACAAUGCAGAUGAAUUGAUUAAAAAUACUACUGCUUAUAACAACAAUACAAUUGUUGUUAUCACUACUCCGGGUUCGGUAAAUAUCGAGUCGUUUGCGGAAAAUAAAAAUGUUACUGCUAUUUUAAUGUCUUCUUACUUAGGUCAAGAAGCUGGCUCAGCAGUUACGAGUGUCUUAUUUGGUGACUAUAACCCAUCUGGUAGGAUACCAUUCACUAUUGCGAAAGACGAUCUGGAAUAUGUUCCAGUUAUAUAUAAUUCUACUGUGGAUGAGCCCCAAGAUGAUUUUACUCGUUCUAUAUUUUUGGAUUAUAGGUAUUACGAUUACUAUAACUUUACUCCAAGGUAUGAGUUUGGCUAUGGUCUUUCCUAUUCUAACUUCACCUUCGGAAAUCUCAAUAUUUCUGAAAUUAAAGUGCCCACGAAGGAAUUACUGUCAGAACCAGUUUACUUGCCCGCUUAUAACUUUAAACAUGAUAAUUUAAACCCAGAAGACUAUAUAUUUCCAGAAGAUUUCAACAAACUAGAAGGUUAUAUUUAUCCAUAUCUUGAAAAUACUGAGGUUAACACUACUAAAGAUUUCACCUAUCCAGAAGGAUAUUCUACUGAGCAGUUAGCGAAGCCACCUAUUGCUGCCGGUAGCUUAGGGGGAAAUAAAGAAUUAUGGGAAGUUGCAUAUCACGUGGACGCUGUAUUAACAAAUAAUGGUCCGUAUGAUGGUGCAUAUGUUGCACAGUUGUACAUAGGAAUUCCAUCUUCAGACAAAUUCCCUAACUCCCCACGCCAGUUAAGAGGGUUUGAUAAACUUUCAUUAGAUGUCUGCGAAAGUAAAAAUGUUGAAUUUGAUAUUACAAGAAAAGACUUAUCAGUUUGGGAUGUAGUAACUCAGUCUUGGAUUGUACAGCGUGGUAGUUAUGCUAUUUAUGUAGGAUCUAGCUCCAGGAAUUUAGAAUUGGUUGACACAAUCAAUGUUCCUUAA